CGUAAGUUGUGGUUUAAACGCCGAGUUCCGCGCGACUGCUGGAGACCGUGUCUCGGAAGAGUUUGGCCGUUGUUCCUAACGUAAUCCAGAAUGGCUACUCUGAUCUAUGUUGACAAGGAAAAUGGAGAACCAGGCACCUGUGUGGCUCCUAAGGACGGACUGAAGCUGGGGUCUAGGCCUUUCAAAGCUUUAGAUGGGAGAUCUCAGGUUUCAACACCACAUGUUGGCAAAAUGUUUGAUGCUCCACCAGCUUUACCUAAAGCUGCCAGAAAGGCUUUGGGAACUGUUAACAGAGCUACAGAAAAGUCAAUAAAGACUAAUGGACCCCUCAAACAGAAACAGACAGCCUUCUCUACCAAAAAGAUGACUGAGAAGACCGUUAAAGCAAAAAGCUCUGUUCCUGCCUCAGAUGACACCUAUCCAGAAAUAGAAAAAUUCUUUCCCUUCAACCCAUCAGAUUUCGAGAGUUUCGACCUGCCUGAAGAGCACCAGAUUGCACACAUGCCCUUGAACGGAGUGCCUCUCAUGAUCCUCGAUGAGGAGCGGGAGCUUGAACAGCUGUUACACCUGGGCCCCCCUUCCCCUCUGAAGAUGCCUUCUCUACCGUGGGAGUCUAAUCUGUUGCAGUCUCCCUCAAGCAUUCUGUCGACCCUGGAUGUUGAAUUGCCACCUGUUUGCUAUGACUUAGAUAUUUAAAUUUCUUAGCACUUUAUAGUCUGUGGGUUUGAGCAAGGAGUGUGUUUGGCAACAAGGGAGUCUGGACAGUGAAGCAGGGGCCAUAUGGCUUUUUGAACUAUGCAAGGGGUUUAGAGUUUGUCCUGGGGGUGUUUGGUGCCAUGGAAAGGUUUCAUUUCGUUUUUCAUUUAUCAUUUAUUUAAUAGUAUUUUCCUGCAUAAUAAAGCAAACUAAAAUGUACACACUUAUUUUCAGCAAUAGUUAUACAUAUAUCUUAAACUGUAUACAAACUUAGAAAUAUUAAAUAUCAUUACAGAAAAAUUUGAAAUUAUGACAAGAUAUAUAGCAAAAACCACUUAUUGAAAAGAGCAUACAUGUGGUAGUUAGUUGGUAAAUGCUGCCUCUGUAUCAGUAUACACACUUUGAAUAUCAUCCUUCUGUGCUAUUGAUGUGUUUAAUUUUUUUCUUAUAUCUGCAAAUACAAAUUUCACUAAUAUUUUCCCCUUGAAAUAGAGAAACAAUUCUGCACUGUUCCAAAGACCCAUAUUGAGAAAUUCUCUUUUGUAUAUACCAUCUCAUGUCCUUACAAGC